AUGAAGAGCAUGUUGAAGAAAGUCAACAAAAUUAGCCUGACCACGGAUCUCUGGAAGUCCAAAAAUCAGAAGAUUGAAUAUAUGGUAAUAACUAGGCACUGGAUUGAUAGCAACUGGAGAUUGCAAAAGCGUGUUCUCAACUUUGUGCACAUCCCUCCUCCAAGACGAGCUGUCGAAAUUGCCGAUGCGAUAUAUAAAUGUUUGAAAGACUGGGGUAUUGAGAGCAAAGUGUACACAAUCUCAGUGGAUAAUGCAUCAAAUAAUGACACCGCAUUGAGAUCUUUAAAGGAUACCUUCUCGAGGAACAAAUGUCUUUUAGCAAAGGAAAGUUAUUUCACGUAA